GAUCUUUUGAGACUUAUAUUAACCCAUGUGAAUGGGAAAGCUAUUCCCAAAUGGAGGAGGAAGAGCAAGACGCAACAGAAGAAAAUGAUGAUAUAAUCGAUGAUUUUUGGAAUCCAGAAUUAAGUUCUUUCCAGAAGCUAAUUCUUAUUAAAUGUUGUAAAGAAGAAAAGGUGGUUUUUGCUCUUACAGACUUUGUAAUAGAAAAUCUUGGAAUACGCUUUAUAGAGACACCACCUAUGGACCUGCCGACUCUGUAUCAAGACAUGUCAUACAACACUCCCCUGAUAUUUAUCUUAAGCACAGGCUCGGAUCCCAUGGGCGCAUUUCAGAGAUUUGCCCGGGACAGUGGGUAUUCAGAACGGGUGCAAUCAAUUUCACUGGGGCAAGGUCAAGGACCCAUUGCUGAAAGAAUGAUCAAAGAUGCAAUGAAAUCAGGAAACUGGGUGUUUUUGCAAAACUGCCAUCUUGCUGUUUCUUGGAUGUUGCCAAUGGAAGAGCUAAUUAAAACCUUCACAGAUCCAAAUGUUGUUAUCAAGGAGAGUUUUCGACUUUUUUUAAGUUCCAUGCCUAAUACUACAUUUCCUGUUACAGUUCUUCAGAACUCUGUCAAGGUAACCAACGAGCCUCCAAAAGGCUUACGUGCAAAUAUCAGAAGAGCAUUUACUGAAAUGACACCUUCGUUUUUUGAAGAAAAUAUACUUGGAAGAAAAUGGAGACAAAUUAUAUUUGGCAUUUGUUUCUUCCAUGCAAUUAUUCAGGAGAGAAAAAAGUUUGGCCCUCUUGGUUGGAAUAUCUGCUAUGAAUUUAAUGACGGUGACAGGGAAUGUGCUUUACUGAACCUCAACCUUUACUGUCAAGAAGGAAAGAUUCCCUGGGAUGCACUGGUUUAUAUUACUGGUGAAAUUACAUAUGGUGGUAGAGUUACAGACACCUGGGACCAAAGAUGCCUUCGUACAGUCUUGAAAAGAUUUUUUUCUCCUGAAACAUUAGAAGAGAACUAUAAAUAUUCUGAAUCAGGGAUCUAUUUUGCACCCUUGGCUGACAGCCUACAAGAAUUUAAAGACUACAUUGAAAAUCUGCCUUUGAUAGAUGACCCAGAAAUAUUUGGAAUGCAUGAAAACGCCAACCUAGUUUUCCAGUACAAAGAGACCAACACUUUAAUCAAUACGAUACUUGAGGUUCAGCCAAGGUCAUCUUCUGGUGGAGAGGGAAAAAGCAAUGAUGAAAUUGUCCAAGAACUUGUUGCUUCUGUCCGGACCAGAGUUCCAGGUAAUAAAUAAUCCUUGGCAUCUGCAUAUAAUGGGACUUUAAGGAAUAAACUCAGAGAGCUGAGUAUAACAAGUAUCCAAUCUGCUUAUUAUGGCACCAACCCUUUUUUGUUCUUUCAGACUUCUCUAGAAACACUCAACAAAGCCAUUGCUGGACUUGUGGUGAUGUCUGAAGAAAUGGAAAAGGUGUAUAACAGUUUUCUCAACAACCAGGUUCCCUCUCUGUGGUCCAAAACAGCCUACCCGUCCCUAAAACCACUAGGGUCGUGGGUCAAAGACCUUAUUCUGAGGACCUCAUUUGUGGACUUGUGGCUCAAAAGAGGACAGCCUAAGUCCUUCUGGAUCUCCGGUUUCUUCUUUCCUCAAGGAUUUCUAACAGGAACUCUUCAAAAUCAUGCUCGGAAAUACAAUUUGCCUAUAGAUGAGCUGAGUUUUAAGUACAACAUGACUCCCAUCUAUCGGGAUCAAGCUGCAGUUAUAGAAGCUGCCAAGACAGUGCUGUUUGGACAAGAACUGCCCAUGGACAUGGAGUUGCCCUCUCCUGAGGAUGGUGUUCUCGUUCACGGCAUGUUCAUGGACGCUUUUCGAUGGGACAAUAAUGAGAUGGUAAUAGAAGAUGCAUUGCCCGGACAGAUGAAUCCAGUGCUGCCUGUGGUGCAUUUUGAACCUCAACAAAAUUAUGAGCCAAGCCCAACACUUUACCACUCCCCACUUUAUAAAACAGGGGCCCGGGCAGGAACACUGUCAACCACAGGUCAUUCAACCAACUUUGUGGUGACCAUCCUUUUACCCUCCAAGCGGUCCCAAGAUUACUGGAUUGCCAAGGGAUCUGCUCUGCUCUGCCAGCUCAGUGAGUGAAAAGGUGCCACCUCAGUGCUGAAAAAGCAGCGGGCCAGAGAUCGCCCCUGAAGUGGGUCAAAGAGUCUGCGUAACUUACAUGUGAGCAAAACAGUGUUCCUUCUGAUCUGAUUUAACGGUAGUGUGGCUUUUAUUUCUCUUAUAACCUAAA